GGUGCAGCACGUUCUUUCGUUCUUGUUUGUUGCAUGUACCGUCGCACUUCUAAAGCUCAAAUUGAACCUCUGAUCUGGGAACCAAACAGCAGCGGUGGCAAUCGGUUCUCGUCUAUAGGACAAAAAAGAUGGCAGCGGAUGUGCUUGUCGGCCGAGCAGGUUGCAGUCGUGCACGCAGCAGCCGACGAUUUCCGGCUAGCUUCUGUUUUUGCGCGACAAUCAUCAUACAGUUACUAAAUUUCUCAAGCAUUUUCUCUCCUAUCGAAGCCGUGACGCUCUUCACUCACCUGCAGACGAGAAAGGAAAUAACCGGAGCCAACGCUGUCGCCGAGAACAAGAGCAGCAGAACCAGGCUGUUAGAGCAGAAAUGUUCCCAGCUGGGCUACAUCCACCCAAAUCCCUGUCACUGUCACUGUCCGAAUUGCCCCGACCCGAAAUACAAGGAACCCGCCGCGUGCCCCCCGGCCACCGAACCGCCGCCGCCCCCGCCGCCGGAGCGUCCGGGGAUGCCGCCGCCGGAUGAACUGGCACCGCUGCCAAAAGUUCCGCCGCUGCCAGCGCAGAUCAGCGAGGCAGUCAACCUGUUUCAACUGCAGUUAAACGCCUUCUGUGCCGGGCCGCCGGACCCCCGGGAGUGCGUGUGCAACUGCCCACCGUGCGACCACUGGGAACCGAAGUUACCGUCCUGCCAGUACAAUAACGAAAGACUCUGUACACAGAUCAACGCGGUCGGGGGGAAGGAGUUUGUCUGCUUCGUGCCGGAACCCGGGUGGGGUGACAGUCCCGAGGAAUCGAGCAAACCUGCGGGAACAGAACCUGCUGCAGCCGCGGCUCCCGCGGAAGACCCGUGCGGCGGUGACCCGGAAGCGUUGCCCGAGGCGAAGUUUCCGCCGCCCAUCGACAACUCGGCGCCCACACUGACGAUCCCGGAGAAUGAACCGCCAAAAAUCGGCCCGGAGUUCGCGCCGAAGCUGGAUUGAAUGCCUAGCUGUAAGCUGCACGACAUCGACAUUCUAUACUACUGACAGCUACAGGCGAGGUGGAAACUCUUGAUGUACAAAUCAUGAAGUGAAUGGUGUGCUUUAAUACUCUUUUCCAAACGCAAACUUGAAAACUUUUUUCGUUGAAGAAAUCGUGCCCAGGGGGCUUGCGCCGUCAUUUUUGUACGCAAGUGAGUGUAAC